AUGUUCAACAACAUGAGAGCUAUUGAUAUUCGGGGCAAUGUUGGCCCAGCAGAAUCCCUUUAUAUGGCAGAAAUUCCCAAACCGAUACCCAAGGAGGGCCAGGCUCUGAUAAAGAUCAAGGCUUUUGGAAUCAACCGCGCGGAUAUUAUGCAGCGCGAUGGCGAAUAUCCUGUCCCGCCUUGGGCCGGCAGAAUUAUGGGAUUGGAGUUCUCCGGCAUAAUAGAGGAACUAGGAGAAAAUAGUGAAUCGUCCUUCAGUGUUGGCGACGAAGUGUUCGCGUUGGCGUAUGGAGGAGCAUAUGCAGAGUACAUUACCGUCUCAACCCAUAUGCUGAUUCAUAAGCCACCUCACCUGUCAUGGGAAGAGGCUGCAGGAAUUCCCGAAACCUGGCUUACCGCAACAAAAGUGAUGUAUAAAAUUGGAGAAUUCACGCGUGGCAAAUCUAUUCUUUGGCAUGCCGGGGCUUCGGGAGUCUCUAUCAGCGGUAUCCAACUUGCUCUCAGCGCAGGUGCUUCAGCUGUUUAUGCAACGGCACGAUCUGAUGAAAAAUGCGAUUUCUGCGUCAACACCCUAGGCGCUACUGCGGCUUUCAACACCACUGACCCGAACUGGGUUGACCAGGUGAUGAAGGCAACUAAUGGCAAAGGCGUUGACAUAAUUGCGGAUCUAAUCGGACCCGAUGUCUUUGCUGAAAACCUCAAGAUUGCUGCUAAAGAUGCAAGAGUUGUGCUGGUUGGAUUAAUGAGCGGGUUUACCUUUAAAAAAGAAUUCGACAUGGGACUUCUUGCUUUCAAAAGAGUCAGAUACGAGGGCUCAACUUUACGAAGCCGAGAUGAAGAUUUUCAGAGGAAGCUGAGAGAUACAUUCGUAUCAGAAGCCCUUCCACAGUUCCAAUCUGGGCAGUUCAAAGUCCACAUCGAAAAAGUCCUACCAUGGGAACAAAUAAUUGAUGCACACAAGCUGAUGGAGACUAACAAGAUUAUGGGCAAAAUUAUAUGUACGAUCGACUAG